UUUUGACCCUCUCGGCUUUCCGUAGUGUACAAAUGCGUGUCGAUGGGUGACAUUUUUAACGGUUUUUGUUCAUUUUUGGAAAAACUGUCAUGUGAUACGGGAUUAGAAAGUCGAUAUCCACGCGUCUUCGAUUUGUUAUCGUCCUAUAUCUAUCUGCAGUUCGGUUGAAGAUGAGCGAGUUGGCAGACUCCCUGACCAGAGAGGGCUGGUACCUCAGUGAUGAAGGCAUUGCAGAACUGAAGGGAACUGCUGAGAAAAUAACACACAGUGACAUUAUUCGUAUUGCACUUGAUAGCGAUCUUAGGCCCAUUGGGGGAAAAUUUCUACCAUCUGAUAUCAACAGUGGAAGAACUGAAAAGUUGGAGGGUCCAUGUGUUCUCCAGGUGCAGAAAGUGAGAAACGUCUCAACUCCCAAAGACCACGAGGAAUCCCAGGGUGCGCCGCGAAUGCUGCGCCUACAGAUGACAGAUGGGCACACCACCUGUGUUGGAUUGGAGUUUAAACAUCUGUCUAAGAUUAGUCUUAAUACCCCACCUGGAACAAAGGUAAAGCUUCUUGGUACACUCCAGGUCAAAAAUGGUCUUCUGCUGCUUGAUGACUCAAAAAUCUCCGUCCUGGGAGGUGAAGUUGAUCACAUGGUGGAGAAAUGGGAACUGCAAAGGAGUCUGGCCAAACACAGCAGGAGUAACAUUGGAGCAGAGGGUGGACCACCUCCAUUUGUGCCAUUUGGCCAGAAGUGUGCAAGGAAGGAUGAAAUGGACAGCCGGGAUCUAGACCAGAGGAAGACUCUCCAAAGUCAGAGUGUGGCCAAGAGUCCUGAUGAGAAUGAUGAGUUUGAAAAACAGAGGAUAGCAGCCAUCGCUGAGGUGGCCAAGACCAAAGAGGGGCCCCGCACAUUUGGUGGUGGAGGAAAUGCAGGCAGUAAUUUAUCAAACGCUACUUCUUCCACCAGAAGUCGAGAAUCCUACCAGCAGCGGAAACGAGAGGACAGGCCUGAAAAAACAGAGAACCGACAAGAUGGGAAUUACAGAGAGCUGGUGGAUGAACGUGCUCUGAGGGACAUCAUGGAGAUGGGCUUCAAUCGGGAGGCUGCUCGGCAGGCUUUGAUGGAUAAUAAUAACAACCUUGAAGUGGCACUAAACAGCCUCCUGACUGGAUCUGCUGGUGGCCGGCCUGGCUCCGUGGGAGCUGAAUCCAGCAGGCCACCACCGAGAGGCAGAGGAAAGGGAAGAGGCAGGUCCAGAAAUGAAGAUGAAGAGGAUGGAGCAGGGGGAAGACCAUCAGGACCAAGCACCCUAUUUGACUUUCUGGAAUCCAAAAUGGGAGUUUUCUCCAUUGAUGAUCCAAAGAGCCAGGCACCGCAUAGAAAUCAUGACAACAAAGCAAAUUUCCCCAACUAUCACACCAAAGACUCAACUCAGAACAAGUUCCCGUUGCAUAAUGACCAUAGACCACCAAGGAAUGACAGGCCACCUCGAUUUCACAAGGACACCGAUUUUCCUAAACCUGGUCAGGAACCAGGUGCAAACUUGGUGACCUCUCAAACAUCAGUUCAAGCUCAGCAGUGGCGAGGCCAGGAGAGGUGGUCACGGGGGACACCAGAGCGAGCACAAAUUGACAGGAGACAAAUGAGAGAUGAACAGACUGUUCCCAUCACGACUUCUCUCACACAUUCAAAAGAUCCUCUGCAGCAGAUGGAAUUUAAUGGAUCUUACCACCAACGAACCCAGUUUGGAGAUGAUGGGAAUAUGUCUGGACCACAUCAAAGGAGAGGGGUGAAGGAUAAUGUAUCCACAUUUAAACUUAAUUCUGCGGGAAGUGACGCAGAUGGGAGAGGAAAUAAACGUACAGACAGGAAUGGGGAAGCUAACAACAAUAGGAGAAAGGGGAAGACUGAUCGGCCAAACUCGGAUCACUUUGACAGACAGAGGGAUGGUGGGCCAUCAAGCUUUAACUCUAAACCAAGAAGUUCAGGGACUCCCCAAGAAGUGGGAGUGUUGCAAGGUUCUCGAACAAUGAUGGGGGAAUCCCCUUUUUUCCAAAAUGGAGAAUUGGAAUAUAAAAGAACUGGGCCAAUCAAGCCAACAAUUUCAUCCUUUCCUCCCAGCAGGGAGCACCCACCCAAGAAAAACGCCCCUAAUAAUCCUGGUCCAAAAAGAAAGCCAGGGCAAGGCAGAGGUCAAGGUCAAGGUCAAGGUCACGGUCCUGGUCAUGGUCCUGGUCAAGGUCAUGGUCCUGGUCCUCGAGGACCAGAGAGAAGUCAUGAACUUGCUUGGAAACCUGGAGAUCAGUGCAUGGCACUGUACUGGGAAGACAACAAGUUUUACCACGCCAGAAUAGACGCCGUGCAUCCCUCCGGAUCGACAGCUGUGGUGGUUUUUAGUGACUAUGGGAACUGUGAAGAGGUCCUUCUAAAUAACAUCAAACCUGUUGCAGCUGAUGCGAUGGAGGAAGAUGACGGUUAUUAUGACAGUUCCCUAGAGUUUCGCCGAGGGGGAGAUGGACAGCCGAGGCGUACGAGACCCACGCAGCAGUAUUACCAGCCCCCAAGAGCGCGUGAUUGAUGCGUUUGGAUUUACACUGGCAGUGUACUUUUCGCUCAUCACUCCACUUUCUGCAACAAUCCAGAGUGCUUCCUGAAUUUGUAAGCCUCGACAGCAUCAGGACAUACUGAACUUUUCAAAGGGCUUGCACAUGAUGCAACAAUAAAAAAAACUGACAGAAGCUCCUGCUUAUUUUGUCAGUGACAAAUCUAAUGUAUAUGUUGUGAAAAUUUAUUAAUUGGAUGCAUCAAAUGCAUCAAAAUAAGUAUGUAUUAGUAUGUAGCAGGUUUGUUUUCAUUGUGCUUUUUUUUUUCUUUUUGUUUUUUAAUUAUCCAACUUGAGUGACGAAUAAACUAAUGCAGAGCUGAACAUUAAAUCUCAUUCUUGUGAAUGUGAUAUCUCAGGCAUGA